ACUUAUAAUUUGAAGGUCUGCUUAUAAAUGUGUUUUAUGACUGUUUGUGUCAAAAUAAAUGGAAAAAAAAAUGUGGAAGAUACUCCAGAGAACAGCUAUAUCUACUUAAAAAUUGUGUCAAUUAGGUACUGAUAGAUACUUUUUGCCGGCAGGCAAAAUAAAUAUUGUAUAGGUAAAUCGUCUAAUAAUAAUAUCUGUUACUAUUGCAAUAGAACAGUUUGCUAUAAUGUAAAAGAAAAUUAUUUUGUGAUCGAGAUUGUGGAAUAUCCUACCCCCCCAGGAAAAAGGUUUUAUGUAGGUAUACUAAUUUUACAAUUAAUGUUACUCAAUCCUGAAUAAGUAGUUACCAUGGAUAUAUUGCCCACAACAAAUAGUAACUUGACAAUGUGGCUUUUGUUAUCAUAAUAAAUUCCUAACCAGAUGUUAGAUUGAUAAAGUGGACAGAGUGUUGUGUAUGUUAAAUGUGCGACAAACUACCUUAAGAUACUGAAACUAUAUGUCAGACACAGAGGAUGAAGAUGGGCAAAGCAGGACAAUCAAAAUCACUGUUGUGGGUGAGCCAGCCACUGGAAAACAGAGCAGCCUGUGCUCGCGGUACCUGGGCAGCCCCGCGUGCGGCGGCGGCGGCACGUCGGGCGCGGACGUGCUGUGCGGGCAGAGCGCGGGGCUGCGGCCGCCCGUGCCCGUGCAGCUCUGCGACGUGGCCGGCAACGCCAUCCACACCGCCAUGCUCGCCAACUAUUUGUAUUCUUCUGAUAUAGUAAUAUUCGUUUACGACCUAACAAACCUGCAAAGCUUCGAGAGACUCGCACUGUGGGUGGUGAGAGUUAAAGAGAUUUUUGAGCGCGAGCCCAAGAAGCCGCUGUUGGCGUUGUUUGGCAACAAGUCCGAGUUGGAGCACCAGCGAGCUGUGAGGCUGUCUUGCGUGCAGAAGUUCGCAUCUGAACAUCUUUUAGAAAAUUUCAAAGGAUCUGCUAGGACUGGGGAGAUGGUGAACACGGCAUUCGCGGCGCUCGUGUCGCGCGUGGCGGGCCCGCGUGCUCAGCCCGCGCCCGCCGGCGAGCGCGCGCCCGCGCGCCCGCUGUCCGGCCGCGCGGUGCCUUCCCAUUCCCUCAUAAUGAACAGAAAGGCCUUGAGGCGGUUUAAACGGGGCGCCACUUCUUCUAUAUGCAAACUGCAAUAAACUUUUUUUUCUCUCGUUUGUCUUCUUAUUUGUUUUGCUGAAUUUUGCAUGACAGCGUCAUUAUUAUAGUUAUACCACAAUGCUCGUUCGUUGUGCAAGAACCCUUUUACUAAAAGGAUAUUAAUAGGUACUAUAUUAAUUCGAUUAGUCAAAGAUGACUCAAUAUCUAUUUUAAUAAAGAACAAUUUUACAAUAUACACGUACGCACACAUACAUAACACUUAUAUUCUUCGUUCAUUCCGUGAACACUAUCACUAAUACGCUGACUACGUCUUAUUUGACCAGUCAAAAAAUACCUAUAACUUACAAUUUUACGAUAAACACGGACGCAUACGUUACAUUUUCCUUCAUUCCAAAUCUACUGAAAGAUAUGUUAACUUCUGUUAUAAUAAUCUUCUUUGUCUUUACUUUUUCCACUUUUUAAGUGGGGUC